AUGGCUCCCAACCAGCGUGUCGUUGCUGCCAGCUCCGGUCGCCCCCAGAAGGGCUUCCUCGGAGCUGCAUAUGAAGAGCUGACCGCGCCUGAGAAUGCCACCAUCGUCAGAAGCCUUCUGGUCUUUGGUGCCGGCGUUGCGUUCCUUCACAGCAGCCUCAGCGAGUUCCUCCUCCCUCCGUAA